AUGAGUACUCCGGCACUUCAGUCGUGGGAAGCUGAAAACCAUGUCAAGCUUGUCGACCCGCAGCGCGACGCCCUUUACAACUAUGACCAGGCAGCUACCCAGGCGCUGAUGGCUGCUAAGCCAUGGGCCCAAGACCCCCACUACUUCAAAUCGAUCCGUAUAUCUGCCACUGCGCUACUUAAGAUGGUUAUGCACGCUCGAUCGGGUGGAAACCUCGAGGUUAUGGGCCUUAUGCAAGGGUUCGUGGCUGCCAAUACGUUUGUUGUCACUGAUGCAUUCCGAUUGCCUGUCGAGGGGACCGAGACCAGAGUCAACGCCCAAGAUGAAGCGAACGAGUAUAUGGUUUCUUACCUACAGUCUUGCCGUGACUCCGGAAGAAUGGAAAAUGCAAUUGGCUGGUACCAUAGCCAUCCGGGCUACGGAUGUUGGCUGUCUGGUAUCGACGUCUCGACGCAAGACACCCAACAGACCUAUUCAGAUCCUUUCGUUGCUGUCGUUAUUGACCCAGACAGGACCAUCUCUGCUGGAAAAGUCGAGAUUGGUGCAUUCAGAACCUACCCAAAAGACUACUCCCCACCAGGUGCUGGACAGGAGGAAGACGAUGAAUAUCAAAGUAUACCGCUGAAUAAGGUCGAAGAUUUCGGUGCGCAUGCGUCACAGUACUAUUCUCUAGAAGUUUCAAAUUUCAAGAGUACACUAGACACCAAGAUCUUAUCUCUACUCUGGAACAAAUACUGGGUUGCAACCAUCAGUCAAAGCCCGCUUUUCACCAACCGGGAUUAUGGAAGCAAACAGAUGAAUGACCUGAGCCAGAAGAUCAAGCGAGCCGCUAGAACGAUAGAAGGUGGAAGUGCCAGUGCGAGGGGGAAUAUAUUAGGGGAUGCUAUCGUGGAUGGGAAGGAGAGCCUAACGGAAAAGGACCAGCAGCUCGUCAAGAUUGUCAAGGACGGGGAUCGGAUUGUUGGAGAAGAGCUGGCUGGCCUCAUGGCCGCAGAGAUCAAAGAAGUUCUAUUCAAGGGCGUUGGACAAGCCGGCCCCCAAAAAUCGACUUGA